GCAGUUGUGGUACAGUAUCCUUGAUUUCAGUACAGACAAUGUGGAAAAUGUUAUAGUUUAUUAAAAAAAAUCAUUAUAAACAUAAUUUUGUAAUUUUAUUCCAGUUUUUAGCCAUUGCGCAUUUAGCGCCGUUUAGCGCAACACCAAAAAAAUCGCAGCAAAUGCAAUUCACAUUCAAUAUUUCGGAGUUAAAAAUGUGUAUAGAACCAAUUAACAUGAUCAUUAACAUUAUCUGUUUUAAUACUAUCCGUUUUAAUUCACGGCCAAUCAAAAUUGUGUACGGAUGUCAUUGGACAAUAAAAUGGCAUGAUAUGACGUAAUUGGCGAAACCACGCCCAUUUAGCUCGUUUACUCGACAGCUCAUUGGCUAGCCCCAUUCUUGUAUCACGUGACUGUUGAAAGUGGGCUGGCUGGCCACGCCCCUAUGCUAACUUUUUGAUGGAGUGUGAUAGCCAAUCGAUUAACAACUACUUGGUUUAAUAAACUUUGAAGGUAUCGCAAAAAUAUGUAAUCUGAACACUACCUGAACAAAAACUGAUUUUGUUUAUUGGAGAUAAAACGCUAUUUAUCGUUUUAAAGUAAAACCGUUCCCAUUGGUCAGUUCAGGGCAGUAUGCAAAUUAGACACAAUACGUCAUAUCCUGAACUUGAGCGCCAUUUUUUUCUCUUUAGUGGAAGAAAGGGACAAAAGCUGGAGCAGAAAUAACUUGUAUAAACAGUACGUUUGCAAUUUUCGUGUUUAUACUCCAUAAGUUUGUGUGUACUGCUGUGCGCUCAGUGGCGAGGGAGCGUUUUAAUGACUGUGCGUGAGCUGCACCGGCAGUAGGCGCAGUCAUCGACGCACACACAGUGAGCAGUCACAUCGGUGGAGGAGACAGCGACCACUAUCAACACUGCUGGAUUUGGACGAGCCCAUUCCCCAAUCUUCCUGGAGGAAAUAUGUAUCAACUUCCAGUUACAAGUGUGGACAAAAUUCGGAAGGCGCGGAGAUCUGUUAAAAAGGUCCUUGGUGAUAUCGGCCUUGAGGACUGCCAGGAGUAUCUCAAGAGUCUUAAUGAAAACUCAGAGAAAAAUUCAGAUGACGAAGAUGCAUUUGAGGACACAGAGUGGGUUGAUUUCACAGAAGGAUUCAAUGGAAGAAUGGAAAAGAGGUGGCCUUACCGUUCUCGGAGUCUGUGUUGUGCCAUGUGCAAGUACUCGACACAAAAUCUCUACAACUUCAGGAGCCAUGUCUCAAGAUGUCAUUCCUUUAUGCAGUCCCUCUGUUCUCUGGCAGUGUGUGCACACUGCUCCUUCACUGGCCACCCCAAGGUCCUCAGAAAACAUGCAUACCUCUUUCAUGGUCAAACUCUAAAAGACUCACCACAAACAACAGAAAGGGCUGUCACUCACCGUGCAAAUGAGAGGUACAACUGUCAGAGAUGUGGAUUCCCAACCUCUUUAAUAUUUGCACUGAAGAAACAUAUUAUUCUGAAGCAUCUUGGGAAGCUGGCUGAGAAAUAUAUAGGAUACAGAUAUAUGAGCCAGGGAGGAAAAACUAUGAAGAUAUACUGCUGCAAAAUGUGUAAAGGAAACACAGGCACCUUGGACCAAAUGCUGCAUCACAUGUUGGUUUCACCAACACACUAUAACGUUAGUACACAAGUACAAUCUUACAUUUAUGAGAACAAGAACUAUGUCCCCAAACCAACAGUCAAUGGAAAUGGAGGAAUAUUUCUCACACUUCCAAACAUUAUUUCAAAAGCACAGCAACAGCAACCUCAGCUGUUAAACACUAACACUUUGGUGUUACCAACCAAUGGACAGUCUGCAGGAACUGUAUUGACUCUACAAGGAACUCCAAACAGUGCAACUCUUAUAUGUGCUCCGGGAAGUAACCAGGCCUUUCUGCCCCCUCAAGCCUCUGCUCUGGUGCAGUUAGCUAGUGCCGAAGCUAAAGGCUUGCUUCAGCCUGGUGCCACCAUAACACUGCAAGGUACUUUGCCACAAGGGCAGUCUAUCCAGAUUCCCACUGUCUCCAAUGUGGCCAUCAAGUCAGCAGCGUUACCUCUGGUUCAAGCUCCUGCUCAACCAAAACCCGUUCAUCAAACACAGCCCAUGCUACUUGCUUCUGGACUACAAGCCAAUGGGACAGCUCUUGCUGCAACUGCUGUGAAGCCUGCAGUAACGACACACAUAACAGCCCCAAAUACACCUACCCUACAGGGUACAAUGUUGACUUCACAAUCACUCCUAAGUCACCUAAUACCAACUGGUAACAGGGUGAAUGGCAUGCCAACAUAUACAUUUGCACCAUUGCAGGUUACAUUGCCUGUAUCUCAAAGCACAUCCAUACCUCUUCAGCCCAUUGAGCAAUCAAACAACUCACAAGUAAAGAAAUGGGUCACUUGUCCCCACUGCAAUGAACUGUUCCCUUCGAAUGUCUUUGAUAUGCACACAGAGGUAGUGCACCAAGUUAAAUCUACUCCAGACAAGUCUGAACAUCUGGUUGCUCGAGCACCUUUCCUGAAGAAAAUGGCAGAUAAAUCCAUGAAAUGUCUAAUGUGCAAGAUUCUGGUCACUGAGACGACAAUCUUCCAGCAUCUGCUGCAUGGUUUGAAUUGUGUGUCUUGCCCAUCUGUGUUCUUCUCAAUCAAACAGCUAUCUGAACAUGUAAAACAACAUAAUCCAACAAGUAAAGCCUACAGUGAUUUCCUCAAACUCAAUUGCAAAAUAUACAGUCAAAGUCCAGGGGUGCUUUCAUUUCCGCACUUUGAUGUACAGACAACUGGCCCAAAAGAAGUGCUUGGAGAUAAUGAGGUUCAUCUGGCUCUCAUCACAAGUACAAACGAACACAUGUAUUUUAAAUUAAAGCCGUGCAUCAAAUCUAGCUCCAGUACUGGGCCUGUUAAAGUCAGCAGCACCUAUUGUCCAUUUUGUGAUGAAAAGUCUUCCAGUGAAGCUAAACACCUGCAGCAUCUCAAACAGAAACAUUUUGUGGCACCGACUAUCCAUGCCAUUCUUCAGACUGAAGCCUUCAAGUGCAUUUACUGCAAUGGCGUGUACACAGGGAAGGUGACGCAACAGGCUGUGAUGCUUCACAUUCAGCGCUGCCGUUGCUCCCCCAAACAGCCACAGCCUUCCAAACCUGUACCAGAACCCUCCAGAACAACCAUGACUAUAACAAGAGCUGCUCCUGCAAAACCUGUUCCACAAAUGACAAACAAAUCAUCUGGUCUCUACUUCCUUCAAGUACCACAGGGGAUAGCAGUUAAACAAGGUUUAGCACCUGCUUCGACUCUAGUCAAAGGGCUUGUCAGUAAAAACUCAGACAUGCAACUUAAAACCCCAGAGGAGGUGCAGUCCCAAAAAAGGAUAGAAGCGGCUUUGAAGGCAGUGAUGGAGGCCAACAAAAGAGAAAGAGAGGAGAGGGCUGCCAAGCGCCAAAAGCUGGAGCAUGAAAGAUCGGAGAGGCAGAAGCUAAAGAUCGAGCCACACCUGCAGGGAAAGCCUCCUCUUGAACCUCAGGUCAAUCCCACUGUGAAGCUGGCAUUGGAGCCUACACCAAUGGAGCGCCGCAGUGAAGAGGAACGGCGACUAUUUUGUACCAAAUAUUUCAACUGUAAUCCAUAUGCGACAAAAGCAGAGACUGAGGAGCUGUGCAAAAGGCUGUCUUUCACAAAACCAGAGCUAGCAGCCAUUUUUAGUGCACGCCGUACGAAGUGUAUGAAGAACAUUAAGAACAAUAGAGCAGCUAUACUCCUUGGCUUUAACAUGGCGGAGCUGAACAAAAUCAAACACAACCUGGACAUUCCUGAACAGAAGCCCCCAGAAACCUCGGACCAAACCGAGCAAGACACUGAUGAGGAGCACAUGGAGGACCAGAACGAGGAGGAGACAAAAUCACCGGAGCAGCCAGUGGAAGCGGCGCAGCCAGUGGAAGCGGCGCAGCCAGUGGAAGCGGCGCAGCCAGUGGAAGCGGCGCAGCCAGUGGAAGCGGCGCAACCAGUGGAAGCGGCGCAACCAGUGGAAGCGGCGCAACCAGUGGAAGCGGCGCAACCAGUGGAAGCGGCGCAGCCACUAUCAGAAGAUGAAAAAGAGAUUUAAAAAAAAUAUGAAUGGCCUUAUAUGUCCAUAUGUUUGUUACACAGUAAAGAAUAGAACUGUGCCACAUUUUACAUUUCAUAUAGAUAAUGGUAUAUUGCACAUCAACUUGACAGUGAGGUUUAGUUUUUCCCCACAUUAGUCUGGAUUUCUUUUCUUUAAUGUCAACAAGAUUACGUAUCUUAAGGGUACAGGGUACAGCCUCACCCCACCAUAGAAUCUUCACUAAAGCACUGAUUCCUGCUGCUGCACUUUUUAAAUUAACAUGUAUUUAUGUUUCCUGUUUCAAAUCUAGGAUAGUCAUUUUUACCUUUACACCAUUAAUGUGCAUUGGAUUGUUUAUUGCCACUUCCUCCCCUGACAUUGAAAUACAUUACAUUCAUCAUAGGAGAUAUAUUUUCAGUGUGUUUCAAUAUGUUGACGGUGCCAUGUAAAAGGCCAUAAGAAUGUAACAUUAUUAAAGCAGUUCAUGAGUGUCUGGUUACUGCUUUUCUCUGACCAUGCUUGCAUGACAUUGUUCUGUCAAUUACCAUAUUGAAGAUGUUGUAAAGUGUGCAUUUUCAGUGUCUUAUAAAAAGUACUAAAGGUAGAAAGUGUUUUAAAUUCCUGAGAUAUCUUAUUGUCCUCACAUGUUUUGUACUAUAUUUCUUACUCUAUUUCAUAAAGCAUUGCUAUGUGGAAACCUGGUUAAGGCAAAUAUGUAUGGUUAAAUAAAAUUGUUUUCUAAUUGUAAAUGACC